AUGUCUGUCGAAGAAAAAGAUGAACUACUAAAAAAGCGUCGUGAAGCGUAUCACAGGAAGAAAGCUGAAGCCGCCAGUGUAAAUGUUGGACUACAAUGCGCACCCAACAAGGAAAACAUGGCCCCAGCUGAAAGUUCUGAUUGGUUGCACAGAAGUGAUACGUACGAGAGGCAAAAAGUCCAUGUGCCAAAUCAGGGACAAGAGAGCGUCAUGACCAGUACUCAGGCAACAAAUUUCUCUAUUCAAUUGCCAGGUGACUGCACACCACCAUCUGGAGAGAUUCUUGGACAAGGAAGCAUCAUUGACUUAACUCAAACCCCAAACUGCCCUAUUCCAGUCAAAGGCUCCCCUGUGUACAUCCAGUCUGGUUCGGAGCAGAUGCCAGAUGUGGAGAUCCGGGAGAUGAAUGCCAGUCAAAUAUCACGUGAUGAUGACGACAUCGUAUUCGAAGAGGACUCCGAAGAGGAUAAGGGCUACAUGUUCGCUGGUCAAGACGGGGACACCGACGAGGAUGUCGAAUUUGAUGAAGCUGACGACGCCUCUGCCACUAUCUCCAGCGUACCCGAUCCGUAUGACCACGUGUAUAGCAACGUACCCUCAACCACUCACAUGCUGAAGCCUGUUGAAAACUGCAAAUAUUGCGGUGCGAAUAAGUUUGAGCAUGAGACGAAUGGGUUCUGCUGCCGGAAUGGAAAGAUUAGAUUGUCCACUCCAGAUACGCCACCCGAGCUCAUGAGGCUCUGGUCGAGUGCAGAUACUGAUGCUAGGCACUUCUGCGACAAUAUAAGAUUUUUUAAUGGUCAUUUCUCAUUCACCUCACUUUACUGUCACCUUGACAGUAAGACAACUGACAUGAAAAAAAGUGGUAUUUAUACGUUUCGUGCCCACGGCCAAAUGUACCACAACAUACGGUCGUUUGGUAGAGAUGGUUCGGAACCCAAGCAUCUGGAACUUUACUUCUAUGAUGAUGAUCCCAGUCUAGAGCACCGGUAUCACCACUGCCGCCGAGAGCAGUAUCAGCAAGACAAGAAAGUCAUUGCAAUGCUGGUUGGCAUACUUCGUGGCAACCCAUACUCUGAACACCUCAGGAGUAUGGGACAGGUUGAGGACCUCGAGGACUACCGUGUGACACUGAACCUUGACUAUAGGUUGGACCAGAGAACAUAUAAUGUCCCGGCGACUUCAGAGGUGGCCGCUGUGUGGGUCGAGGGAAGCGAACGGCGAAGGAACUUCGAGAAUAGCGUUAUCCUACAGGGGAAGAAUAAGCAAAUAUAUGGCAUCCGGUCGUAUCAUGGAUGCUAUGAUGCUCUGUCAUACCCUCUCUUUUUCCCUAGAGGUGAACUCGGUUGGCAUCCCGAUAUCCCAAAGGUUGGUGUGUCCAUGGAUGCGGUGAGGGCAGCUCGUCAGGCUCGUCAGGGGGACCCAAAUUCUAAUGGCAUGCUAUGCGUGUCCGUGCGGGAUUACUACUGCUACAAAUUCCAGAUACGGCCAGGGAUAUUCAACCCAAUACUGUUUGGCAAGCGUCUUUUUCAGCAGUUCGCGGUCGACACAUACAUCAGGAUCGAAAGCUCACGGCUGGACUACAUAUGGGCUCAUCAGAAGGAGUUAAGGGCGGACUUGUACCAAGGCUUGGUGGACAGCGUGCAUGCCGGGGAGGGUAGAGCGGACGUGGUUGGAAAAUGGACCGUGCUGGCUACAUCAUUUAUCGGUGGACCUCGGGAUAAGAGGCGUCGGUACCUGGAUGCUAUGGCUUUAGUGCAAAAAUAUGGGAAGCCGGACAUCUUCCUCACAAUGACAUGCAACCCAAAUUGGGAUGAGAUCACACGCGUGCUCUACCCUGGGCAGAUACCGCAGGAUCGUCCGGAUCUCGUCGUGCGUGUUUUCAGGGUGAAGCUAGAGGAACUAAAAAAGCAGUUGCUUGAUAAGCACAUGCUUGGCAAGGUGAAGGCCUAUGUCUAUGUGGUAGAGUUCCAGAAGAGGGGUCUACCGCAUGCCCACUUCCUGCUCAUCAUGCAGGGGCGGUACAAGCUCACAUGUCCGGAGCAGUAUGAUUGUAUCAUCUCUGCCGAGCUCCCGGACAAGCAUAAGUACCCAGAGCUAUACAAGAUGGUCGUCAAGCAUAUGAUGCAUGGCCCUUGCGGUGUGCUGAACCGCGAUUGCCCAUGCACGAAGGACCGUCCCACAUGCAAGAAUCAUUAUCCACGACCUUUCUACGUGACUACCUUACAAGGCAAAGACUCCUACCCGGUGUAUAGGAGACGUGAUGAUGGCCGGCAUGCAAUGGUUCGAAAACACGAGCUAGACAAUAGGUGGGUCAUCCCAUACAACCCUUACCUACUACGACUGUUCAACUGCCACAUCAAUGUUGAGGUAUGCUCGAGUAUAAAAGCGGUUAAAUACCUAUUCAAGUACAUAUACAAGGGCCACGACCGAGCGUCUGUGACUGUGAACGAGGCUGACAGCAACGGCAACAUCGAUGAGAUCAGGCAGUAUAGGGACGCGAGAUGGGUGACCCCUCCGGAAGCCUUGUGGAGGAUAUACGGCUUUGACCUGAGCAAGAACUCACCACCUGUGAUGCAACUACAACUUCAUCUCCCGAAUAUGCACAUGGUUUCGUUUCAAGAGGGCCAAGAUAUCCAAGAAGUGCUCAAUCGAGAAGAUGCUGAGAAGUCAAUGCUAACAGAGUAUUUCGAGGCGAACAGAGUUGGUAGAAUCGUGUCAGCUCAUCCAGCCGAGGGGGAACGCUACUACCUAUGGGUUCUCCUAAACCACGUGACUGGCGCCACCUCCUUUGCUAACCUAAGGAUGGUUGAUGGUGAGAUCCUACCUACCUUUCGUGAAGCUGCAGAGAGAAGGGGCCUGAUUGAGGCAGACAACAUAUUGGACGAGUGUCUUACGGAAGCCGAGUUGUUCCAAAUGCCACCAUCUCUCCGAAGGCUCUUUGCAACAAUAUCGGUAUUUUGUGAGCCCAGCGACGUGCGUGGACUCUGGAACAAGCACCAGGAGGCAAUGUCGGAAGACUAUCGUCGCAUCAAUCCAUGCACACUCGCGGUCCAACAAAUGGUUUUAAUAGAUAUUAGAAAUAUGCUACAAUCAAUGGGUAAAGAUAUACGGUCAUUCCCUCUCCCUGAGAUCAACGAGGCACAUGACACGGCAAACGGUGUGCCCAGGGAGAUCUUUGAGGAGUCCACGAUCGAGAUUGACCAUGAGCACGCAACUUUGUCGGACUCCCUCAACGCCGAGCAGAGGGCCGCCUACGAUGAGAUUCUAUCUGCUAUUGACAGUGACGAGGGCGGCGUGUUUUUCGUGGAUGGACCAGGAGGGACAGGGAAGACUUUUUUGUACAAGGCAUUGCUUGCAACGAUACGCGGGCAGGAGAAGAUUGCCGUGGCAACAGCUACGCCUAGUGUUGCAGCUUCCAUAAUGCAUGGAGGAAGAACCGCGCACUCACGCUUCAAGAUACCACUUAAUGUUGACGAUGGUGCGUUCUGUAGCUUCACAAAACAGAGUGGGAUUGCCAAGCUUCUGCGGGCGACUUCACUCAUUAUUUGGGACGAAGCCUCCAUGACUAAGAGACAUGCGGUGGAGGCGCUGGACAACAGCAUGCGUGACAUAAUGAGCCGACCAGAAGUGUCGUUCGGUGGGAAGACGGUUGUGUUUGGUGGAGAUUUCAGGCAGGUCGUCCCUGUUGUCCGAAAGGGAUCAAGGGCUCAGAUAAUUGAUGCGUUGCUGCGUAGGUCAUACCUAUGGAAUUGCAUGCGUCACCUAAAACUUGUACGCAACAUGAGGGCACAUAGCGACCCGUGGUUUGCGAAGUACCUACUGCGCAUCGGUGGUGGCACUGAGGAGGCCAAUGGUGAUGGCGAAGUACAUCUUCCUAGAGACAUAUGCGUGUCGUAUACAGGGGAGGACACGAACCUCGAUAAACUGAUAGAUAACGUUUUUCCAAUGCUUGAUGAUAAUAUGUCGGAUCCAAACUACAUCACCUCGAGAGCCAUCUUGUCCACACGGAACGAUUGUGUGGACCAAAUUAGUAUGAAGAUGAUCGGUUGCUUCCGAGGGGAGGAGGUGGUAUAUCAUAGCUUUGAUCGUGCAGAAGACGAUCCCCAUAACUACUACCCCCCUGAGUUUCUUAACUCGCUGACACCGAACGGGCUACCUCCACACGUUCUAAAGCUCAAGAUGAACUGUCCUAUCAUAUUACUUAGGAACAUUGACCCCGCGAAUGGACUUUGCAAUGUGAAGAGGCUGGUGGUCCGGGGGUUCCAGAGAAAUGCAAUAGAUGCAGAGAUUGUGCUGGGGCAGCAUGCUGGAAAGAGGGUUUUUCUGCCUCGGAUCCCCCUGUGCCCCUCUGAUGAUGAGAUGUUCCCUUUCCAGUUUAAGAGGAAGCAGUUUCCUAUCAGGCUCAGCUUCGCCAUGACAGUCAACAAGGCACAAGGGCAAACCAUCCCCAAUCCAAAUCCAGUCCCGCUCGUCCGCUCAACCCGCCGCCGCCAGCACCGCCCCCGGCCGCCUUCUUUGCGCGCCCCCGACGCCCCAUCGUGGGCCCCCAUCGCCCUGCACAAUGCCCUCCGCUUCUCCGCGCUCCCCCCUCCCUCCCUCCGCCCCCGGCUUCUCCGUGCUCCCCCCUCCAGCCCUCCGUCUCUUCGCGCCCCCCUCCUGGCGCCCCUUCAUGGGCCCAUGGAGGUUAGGAUGAGGCCAUUUAAGCGUAAGAGAGUUGAAGCGCCACGGGUCCCAACGCUCGAGGACGUGCAUCCUUACACCACGUGGAGUAUGUGUGUCCGGGUGUACCACAAAUUCCAUGCGGAGAGGUUUGCUGUUGGCAGGAAGAGGCUUAGCAUGGUGUUACUGGAUGAGAAGGUAGUACUUAUGCACACAUUUAAUUUCAGCUGCAAUAAAUAA